UUAAUUUGAUUUUAAUACAGCUAAUUGACAUCAGUAAAUCAAAUUCAAAUCAAUACCAACUAUUUGACACAAUAUCAUUGGAAAUACUUUUAAAAUAAGUAUUUUUAACACCGCGCUAAUUCAUGUCAAGUUAUCAACAUCAGAUAUUUUCAGUGUAUCGUGUUCAAAAAUCACCAGGAAUGGAAAUUGCCCUUGUUUUUAAUAUAAUUUUGCAAUAGUGAACAAAAUAUUAGUUUCGGAUGCAAAUACCAGAGGGAACUAACUAUACAAUUUUGUUAUCUGUGGUCGGCUGUUAAAUGACCUGACGGUACAGAUCCCAACACUACGACUGCACCCUAAAAACUUCUUGUAAUUUUAAAUUAAUGAUUUUAUUGAAUUAAUUAAUUUAGUAAUUGGUCCCAAUAUUUUGGAGAUUGGUGUAAUGUUUCUGUUAGUCAGUGUCAAUACAGUUUCUUAUUAAAAAACGUAUAAAAUAAAAUUACUUGUUGGUUUGGGUUUCUUGUGUUUGGUUCCAUAGCAAGAAUGUCUACCAACUACACAGACUCGGUGAAUAAGUUUGGCAAAGAUGCUUCGCGGGCUGCGUGUAAGAAGUGCGGUUACGUUGGGCAUCUUACCUUUCAAUGCAGAAACUUUAUAAAGGUAGACCCAAAUAAAGAGAUUGUGCUGGAUGUCAGCAGUACGAGCAGUGGCACCGAUGACGAAGAAGAGAUCGCUACACCACUGCAGCGGCUCCAAAAAGCCGAACAGCGACAGAAGUUGCAGGAGAAGUUGCAAAAGGCCAAGAGGAAGAAGAAUAGCAAAAGCAAAAAGAGGAAGAUGUCUCGAUCACCCAGCACCUCCUCAACUACUUGUUCCACUUCAACAUCCAGUACAUCUACAUCAUCAACGUCCAGCAGUGAUUCAGACAAAGAAAGCCGUAAAAGGAAACACAAGAAGCAAUCCAAGAGUUCUCAUUCAAAGAGGGCCCCGGUCUAAGCAGCAAAUGCUUCUCAUUCGACUUUGUGUCCAGCCACUUUGGAAAUCUACAACUGUGGGUCAUUGUUCAAUUUGAAAUUUGCAUUCAACUUGAGAUUUUCUAUAAGCUAUGAGUCAGAAAUGACAUUUGUCACAUCUAGGUUUAUACUUAUGAAUUGAGUAUUAUUACUAUACAAAUGACAUUAGUCAUUCUUAACUCUUGAUUAAAAAAAUUGGGUAUAGAUAUUAUAAGUUUAAUAAUGGGUCCUGUGUAUUCUAGUCAUUUUUAAGUUAAAAAAAGUAUUAUUAUAUUUCUGUGAUAAACAUCCACUAAUUUUUUUUAAUGGUAACUAAACUGUAAUAUUUUUUUAAUAUAUUGGUGUACUUCUUACGUUUUAUUAUAAAUUAGCAGCCCAUCAGUGGACAUAUGGUGUCAUAUUGUAUUUCAUUAAUAAUCUAUUAAAUAAUUAACUAAUCAUAAUCGCGUUGUGUGACUAUAUACAAGAGAAAGUUAAUGACUUCUCAUACAUUGUAUUUAAAAUUUUUAAUGAUAAGGAAGUGUUUAAUGUGCAAUUGAUAAAAGGAAACACAUUUAAGUAGGUGUCUUUAAUGUAAUGGCUAAAUAUAAAAUAAUCUACAUACAACAACUGAUUUACCUAUACUAGGAACUGAGAUAUAACUUUACAUAACAUAAUAUACAUUAUAUAGGUAUGAUACAUAUAUUACAUAUAAACUAAGUAACUAUUGUAGUUUGGUAUCUUAACCACCUCUCUGAGUGUUAUAUGUUCGUUGAUGUGAUUUGGCACUAGAACAAAAACAGUUUCAACAAUUACAGUCUGCUCAAAUUUUUUUGCACAUAAGUAAUACUAAUUAUAUUUAAUAUUUAUUGAGUUCCUACUAAACAUACAUGUAUAAAGUCACGAGUUUGUCCUGGUUAAGGAGUAGUGCCUGUGAAAAGUGAAACUGUAAUGGCCUGACUGUCGAGUGAUCGAUCGCAAGCGUGACUGCUGAGCAUGAGGUUUUGAAGCCGACUACUGGAUGAGGCAAUCGUUAUGGGUUUUUGUUUUUUGAUGUAUUUGUAGUUAUACAGUCCGAUUAAGGCGUAAUACAUAGCAAAAGGGUAAUCUCUUAUUGUAGAGUACUUAAUUACAACAUAACUGAAAAAAGUUGGCUUUGCAUUGAAUAAUAAAGUUAUGCGCCUCUGUCUACUCCUUCAGCAAACAAUAUGUAAUAUUUAUUACGUGUGUAAAAGAUUCGCGAGCAUCACUUUUUGUCCGCAUUUGCAUUUAUAAUUCUCUAGAUACUAAGAACACAAUAUAAUAAUAUUCAUAGUAGAACUGAAUCUUUAUUGCAUAACUAACAUGAUGUAUUAUCACAAACUUUCGCAUUUAUAGGAUACAAAUAUAUAAAUGUAUGCAUGCAGUUCGUGUGUCGCCACACAGUAACUAAUGUUAGAAAUAAGGAACUUGUAGAUCUUUACUCUGAGUAUUUAAAAAUAAACUUAUUCAAUACC